UACAAAGGUCAUGACCUCCUAACCAAUGUUACCAAAUCCGUGGCCGCCGGCAAUGUUUACAACAUCAGCAACUUCGGCCGCAAGACCGAAUGCCUUGCAGACGUGGAGAGCGACCUGCGCUACCUGCUCUUCCUGACGGUGUUUGAUGAACGUCUGUCUGCCCAAUAUGACGACAUUUUCGGUGCCGCGUCCCUCUUUGAUGAAGCCGACCAAGAGGAGAUACUAUCUUACCUCGGCUGGGACCAAUGGGGUCAGUGGUCAGCUUGCACGUCCGAGUGUGGAGGGGGGCGCCAGACCAGGUCACGUGAGUGUCGCCAGAGCAACGUCAGCGAGUGUGUCGGGGUGGGCUCGGAGGAAAAAACGUGCAACCUUUUCUCUUGUCAUGAAAGCCGAGAUCUCCUGACCUACAUGGGCGUGCGGGACUUCCCGUUGGGCGUGUCCCGAAGCUCCAACCGCUCUUCCGGCUACGUCAUCACCCAGCAGGCCAAGCUCUCGGUGCCGCUGUCCCGGGUCUUCGCCAACCUCCCGCGGAAGUUCUCCCUGCUCAUGCGCGUCAGGCUGCCCAGCAAAAGAACCAAGGGCUACUUCUUCGUCAUCAGCGACAGCCAAGGCAAGCAACAGCUGGCCGUGUACCUGGGGAAGCGGCUCAAGUUCCAGUACCUGGGCAACAACUACGGCUUCCGGGUGGACAUUCUGGAGAACACCUGGCACAGCAUCGCCGUGAGCGUCAAUGAGAACUUCGUGACGCUGUACGCAGACUGUGACACGGUUAUCAGAAGGAGGCUGAGAGGCCAGGCGGAGUUUCUGGGACCAGAUCUUGUCAUGUCGAUUGGUCCGUACUACUCGCAGUAUGGCAGCCCGUUUGAAGGUGAGGUGGAACAGCUAGUAAUCAGCUCUGAGCCGCUGGUGGCAAGUCAGCAAUGCGGUCUUGUAGUGCUGAGCCCUAACUCAUUCAACGGAACAUCAGAAGUGACCUCGGCAUACAAUAACACUACUGUACCCGCUGAUGUUACCAGUUACGCCCAUUUGGCUUGCAGUGUAUGGAUCCGAGUGGUCAGCCUGGUCCCCAUGCAGCACAACCUGCGGACAAGGGCAGCAGAUCAGGGCACUGUACUGCCACCCCGCCACGGCGCAGAGUUGUGUCCCAGGUGCCCCACUGCCUACCCAAACAAGACCAUGUAACUUGGGAAACUGCCAAGAGUGCUCUCAUCCUUGCCAAAAUGGUGGCAUUUGUUUAUCUGGCAACAUUUGUCUAUGUAAACAUGGAUAUACAGGAUUUAGCUGCCAAAACAAGGUGUGUGAGC